UCAAACACCUCACCGAAUCUCACUGGUGCAGCCUCUGCGGCAGAGGGUUUGGCAAUGGCAGUCGAAGUUGAUGAAGGUGGAGAAGCUGAGGAGGCUGCACAGGCAGAUGAAGAAGUUCCUGAACUGCUUGAGCUGAUAGAUGAGGUUGAAUCUGCGAGUGAGGAGGAGCUACCUUCUGUUCUUGUAAAGAUCGGAAUUCGAUUGCGAGCAUCUCCCAAAGAUCGAGAUCUCCUGAGCGAUUUCGAGGGCAUCAAUCAGAUUGCUGAUAUUUUGAACAAGAGUAACUGGCAGGGUGAAGCUAUGCUCGCCUUCUGUCGUAUCAUGCCUGAGGUAUGCCGUACAAGCUUGGUGAAUCGCGCCUGCUUGAGAGAGACCGGAUUUCUAGUGGCAACUGUCAAGAUGCUGAAAAAAGCACUUGACACCAAGGAUGAACACGUGCUCUUGGCGGGGUGCGCAGCAAUUACAGCUAUGUGCACUGCCAACGAUGCCAACAAACAGGUGGCUGCACAAGUUUUCGAGGAAAAGGGUGUGAUUGAUGAUGCUGACGAGAAGCCUUUGCAUGGCGCCAUAUUUCUCCUACUGGAUACUCUGGAGGCAUUUCCAGAGUCUGUGCAACUCCAGACAGAGGCGAUGGCGGCUUUACGCUCUUUGGUGGUAGAUGACGACACCCGGAAAUCCGAAUGCAUGCCUUCAGCACUGGAAAACCGUGAAGUGCUGCUCAGUGACAAGAUCUAUCCAAAAGUGCGGGGAAUCGUCGAAAAUGCAUCCAAGCUGGCGUCUCAGCCGCUCAAGCUGACUGAACAGACGUUGUUACUCUUGAGGGAAAUCUCUCGAGGCCAAGAGAGGAUUCAAGAACUGGCUAAGCCGAAAGGCUUAAUGAUGCCCUAUGUUCGAAAAGCUUUGGGAUCUUCAGAAGCGCGUUUGGUACGAGCUGCUUUGGCUGUUUUGCGGGCCUUCGCCUUCUGUGAAGACGUCCGGGACGAGCUAUCGUUGUCCUGCGAAACGAAAGGCUAUGUUCAAGCGGUCCGUGAUCACCUGGGCACUCCAGUGGUGUGCGAGCAGGGCUAUGGAUUGUUGGCAAAUCUGACGCUACGCAAUCCUGCCAUGGCGUCAUUUCUGAAUGAUGCAGAUCACCAAGUCAUAUCCUUGGGCCAGCUGGUGCUCGACAAGCAUCCUGACAGGCCUGAUGUGGCCAAGUCUGUGAUUCAGCUUCUUUGGAGUGUUUCCCGGCAGAAUCCGAAAGCAUUGGCAGAGGUCCGCGAUGCAGAGAUGUUUGUGGGUUUGCGGAAGAUGGUCGGAGAGCAUCAAGAUCAGCAACGUUGGCAUGGAGCUGUUGAGGUGGCUCGACAAUUCCUGCGAGAGUUUCGAGAAGAUGACGGGGUGCAGAGGAAAGCAAUGUACAACGAAUACUAUUGAUGGAAUUUACUUCGCCACUUUCCUUGUUUCCCUUGAUAAUUAUUCAGAAUUGAUGGUCACAAGUGCCAGUGCAAGCCUGCAAGAAAAAGAGGAUCCGC